CGAAACCAAACGUAAAAAUGUAAAUUCCAUUGUGCGGGUCUAUAGCACCAGCGGGUUCAUUCCUUCACGUCUGCAACAUGCUGCGCAGUCUUGUGAGCGGCACGCGGACGCGCCACCGAGUGCUCCAGCAGGCUCGUCGCUUCAGUCAGACACCUGCCACUCCGUUACUGAAAGCUCACACGAAGGCGGUGCGUCCCAGCGCUGCAAUCAGCUUGAGUUCGAAGGGCAGGGCUCUGGAGCUGGCGGAGACGCAGCGAACGCGGCACCGAGUCACUAACAGCAAUGUACUGAGUUACUGGAAGGCAGCAGCGUUGGCAGUCACUGCUUGUGGCACUCUGGGGCUGCAUACGGCAUCCUGUGCCUCCAACACGAGCGACGGCAAGGACGAGGAUCCAGUGGAGAAGGCCAAGAAAAUGGUACAGGAUUUAUCUACCAUCGCCAUUGCAAAACUUGCCGAACUGCUGCCUGAGGAUUACAGUAAUCUACAGCAGAAAGUGGACGAGUUCCUGGCCUCUGGCAAAGCUGGCCAGAUCUCCUGGGGCUUCUGCAUGGGCGCGUGUUCGGGCUUCGCUCUGAAAAAAGUAUCCAAGCUGGGAGCUGUGGCAAUUGGCUCGUUGUUCGUGCUGCUGCAAUGCGCGAGUUAUUCCGGCUAUGUGGACGUCGACUACAAGAAAUUGGAGCGGGAUUUCAAGAGUUAUCUGGACAUUAACAAGGUAUUGCGAGGAUGGGAGGUUUGGUGGAGAAGGGAGACUGAUAUUAUACUUGAUUUUUGUAGGAUGGCGUGUUUGAUACGAAGGACGUGGACUCCAUGUACAAGUCGGUGAUGAAAGUGCUGGAGUUCAGUCUCCCUGCUGGCAGUGGGUUCGCCGCGGGGUUUAUUCUAGGGUUUCGCUCAGGAUAAACCCUAGUUUUAGCUGUCAAAGUUGAGUAGUGGUGGGAAAAGUACUAUUUUUUUACAUUAAGCAGUGACUCUCAACUUGUAUUACUAUUUUGCAGCCAGCGGUGAUGGCGUUGUCGUGUAUACAGGGCUGAGGAUCUCGAUGCACACGGUUAUAUCGUCGGAGAUCGAGUCGUCCACGAGCGGGUGUGUGUGUGGAUCGUAGAGCCGAUAAACGAGUAACGUGAACACGUUGAUCGUCAAGAAGAGGGCGUUCAAAGACAUGAUAAACGGGUUCGUGAUCAAGACUCCGUACGUGAGCCAGAGGAGGUUGCUUGCCAGUCCAGCAAUCACCAUGUGCACGUUGAUGAAGACUGCAGACUUGUGUUUGAGGACUUGGAACAAUUUCUCCAUUGGUGCGCCGUACAGAAACACUCCUCCGCAAUCGGCAAUCAGCCCCAUUGUAGUGUUGAUACUUGAAGUGGACUGACCCGUGUACCCCAGACUACCGACGAUGGCGUAGAUGGUAACGAAAGCAACGAUAGUGAGAACGGCAGCCAGAACGCGAAACACGCAUUGUUUGUCCGUUGAAUAAUAGCAGUAGAUCGACAGAUAGACGAUGGCACAGCAUUCUCCGUACAGGAAACAGGAAACCAGUGGGAAGUAGUUUUUGGUGAGGUAGCCGUAGACCAUCCUGCCGAAAAAAAGUCGUCAGUUUAGCUUUUACUUACAAUAAACGAUGGCAAGCUUACCAAAUGUGUGAACUGCCAAGUAGUGAAGCUAGAGGGACAACGGAAGUCACUCCGACGUGCUUCUGUUUGUAAAUACGGUGCAUGAGCAACGAUGGACUGGACGCCAACCCAAUUGUUGCCACUCCAGC